CGUUGCUUUAGUACGUAGAAGUGCGAAAGGCUGAAAUCAAGAUUUAAUUUUAUAAUGAUAGCAUUUUAAUUUGUGUGGAAACUGAACUAAAGGAAUAAUGAAAAUAGAUAGAACAAAAUUAAAAAAGAGUUCUUCUGAAGUGCCUCCUGAUUGCAAGGCACUUAUUGAAAAGUUGAAAUCAUGCAGUCAUGACGAACUUCUUAAAGAAUUAUCAAAAAUCAAGACAUGGAACUGUGGCAAAUGUGAAUUAUAUCACUGGAUUGAUGUUCUGGAUGUAUUUGACCACAUUUUGGAGGAUUCAUGUGAAAAACUAAGGGAAAACCAGUGGUGCUUGCCUUGUGAUGGGCCAGGGAGGGAAAAGCAUAAGCAGUUAUUACUCUGUGUCUUACAGUUCACUGCUCUUCUUAUUGAGCAUAGUUUCUCUCGUCAUUUCUAUAAUUCUAUGGAGCACCUUACAACACUUUUGUCAUCUAGUGAUAUGAAUGUAGUCCUUGCAGUGUUAAACCUUCUGUAUGUGUUCAGUAAGAGAUCAAAUUUCAUCACAAGACUGAAUGCUGAUAAAAGACAGACCUUAUUAUUAAGACUUUUAUAUUUAGCUGAGAGUUGGGGUGGAAAAGAAAAUGGAUUUGGCCUUGCUGAAUGCUGCCAAAAUUUAGCAGUCAAUGCCUAUCCUUCCAGUGCUUCAACUCUUCAUUUUGAGUAUUAUGCUGAAAAUACUGAUGAAAAAACCCCUAAGAAGGCAUCUAACGCUAUGAUUGUUAUACACAUAGAUAAUGUUGAUCAGAUUCCCAAUAAAAAUCCUUCUCAAAUAAUGGAAGAACUUGUUGAAAAGUUUUUAAUUCCAGAAGAUAAGCAGAUGCAGCUAUUCACUCACAUAAGGUUGGCACACAGUUUUUCGGAUUAUCCUAAACGCCUCUUGUGCGUACAAGCCAGACUUCAAGCCUUAUCUAUUUUAGUUUACUGCAAUGCAGUUCCUGACAAUGUAAAUUCACUUCUCUACAAUGGCCUUAUUGAAGAACUGGUUGAUGUUUUAGAACUGCAAGAUCAAAGUUUGAUUGAAAUAAAAGCUGCUGCUUUAAGGACGCUAACAUCUAUUAUUCAUUUGGAUAGAAGUCCUAAAUUAAAUGCUAUAAUAGAUGCAACAGGAGCAGCUUCUUAUCAUGGUUUCUUACCUGUACUUGUUAGAAACUGCAUUGAAGCUCUUACAGAACCUGAAUCAGAACCAUUUCCAUUGCCUUUUGCUACUGCCUUAUUUUCGUUUCUGUAUCAUCUGGCAAGCUAUGAAAGUGGUGGUGAAGCUCUUGUGUCUUGUGGAAUGAUGGAGUCAUUGUUGAAAGUGAUUAAUUGGCAUAGUACUGAAUCUGAACAUAUUACAUUUGUCACCAGAGCUGUUCGUGUUAUUGAUUUAAUCACUAACUUGGACAUGCAAGCAUUUCAGACUCAUGGAGGGCUUGCAAGCUUUAUUCAACGUUUAGAGAUGGAAAUUAAUGUGUGCAGGCAAGAUCAACCUUUUGUUAUAAAUCCAAAGCUUAACGAGCUCUCAGAACAAAAUUCAGAUGAUUCAGAUUGUCAGAUUAUUAUGGAAGUUGAUAAUUAUCCAGACAGGUGUUCUAGACAAAUGGAAGAAAAACAUGAAGAAUUAAUUUGUAUUGAUUCUGUUUCUGAAAAUCCACCUUUAAAACUAAAUGAGUCAAAAAAAGGUCUGCAGUGUUUCCCUCAAAGAGCUGCACUUCUUAAAUCAAUGUUAAAUUUCCUCAAAAAAUCUAUUCAAGACCCAUCAUUUUCUGAUAGUAUUAGGCAUUUAAUGGAUGGAAGUUUACCACAGUCAUUAAAGCACGUGAUAAGUAAUGCUGAAUACUAUGGUCCAUCUUUAUUUCUUUUAGCGACAGAUGUUGUCACAGUUUAUGUAUUUCAAGAACCGACACUUUUGCCAUCAUUACAAGAUAAUGGUUUGACAGAUGUUGUUCUUCAUGCGCUGCUUGUAAAAGAGGUUCCUGCUACUCGAGAAGUAUUAGCAUCUCUUCCAAAUGUGUUUAGUGCUUUGUGUUUAAAUGCUAGAGGACUGCAAUCAUUUGUUGCUUGCAAACCAUUUGAAAAAUUGUUUAGAGUUCUAGUUUCACCAGAAUAUUUGCCUGCUAUGCGUAGAAGGCGUAGUUCUGAUCCAAUAGGUGAUGCUGCUAGUAAUUUAGGGAAUGCUAUGGAUGAGUUGAUGAGACAUCAGCCAAGUUUGAGAACUGAUGCAACUGCUGCAAUAAUAAAGCUAUUAGAAGAAUUAUGUGCCAUGGGUAGAGACCCUAGAUUUAUUUGUUCUAGACCUACAGCUAAAACUGAAACAGUAACAGCAGCUGUUACACGAAUUGCUAAUGUGUCAAAUGAAGCUGGAUCAUCUGAUGAUGAUGAUGACGAUGAAGAAGAUGCUGCGAGCAGUGCCGUCCAAGGUUCUUUAUCAAAAACAGCAAAUGAAAGGUGCAGCACAGAAGUAAAUGAUGUAGGAUCUAAAACUGCUGUACCUCUUGUGGAUUACAUUUUAAAUGUGAUGAGAUUUGUAGAUGCCAUUCUAAGUAAUAACUCUACUGAUGAUCACUGCAGAGAAUUUGUGAGGCAGAAAGGAUUGGUUCCUCUGAUGGCUAUUUUAGGUCUACCAAAUUUACCUAUUGAUUUUCCAGUGACUCCUACUUGUCAAGCAAUUUCUAGUGUUUGCAAGUCUAUAUUGAAUCUUGCUCAUGAACCUCAGGUUUUAAAACAAGGUUUACUGCAUCUUAAUGAAGUAUUGCAGUGCUUAGAGCAAUUACAUCGGCCAUUAGAUCCUCCUGGGGGAAGUGUAUUGCUAGAAGAACUAAUCAAUGCUCCUAAUGUAAAUGAAGCUACGUUGAGUGCUCAAGCUACACCCUUGUUACAUUAUAUGGCUGCAGCACAUGCUUAUAUUAUAAUGUUUGUUCAUGUGUGUCGUACUGGACAAAGUGACAUAAGGACAAUAUCAAUCAGCCAUUGGGGUUCAGAACUUGGAUUAAGUGUGCUAAAGGGAUUAAGUUCCUUGUAUACAUCUUUGGUCUGGGAAAGUACUGUUUUACUAGCCCUCUGUAGUAAUGAUAAUGCUCUUGCUGAAGACUGUCAAUUUGGACGUCAGCAGCUUGAAAAACUAAUGCCUAAAGAUAAGUCUGACAGUGAUAGUUCUACAAGCCAUAAUCUUGGUGAAUUUGGAUCAAAUGGUGUGACUACUGCAAUGGAAGCAUUGAGCACUAACAGUAGUUCUGCAAUGGAUAUUGAUGAAGGUUGUAACUGUUCUACUGACGAUGGGGCAAGUGGUGUAUCAGUUGGAGGAGAAAAAGUUAAAUCAAAAACAUACCAUUCCCAAAUUAAACAGAUUAAACCAUUGCUUUCAGGUGCUUCUAGGCUGGGAAGGGCUUUGGCUGAAUUGUUUGGUCUUCUAGUUAAGCUGUGUGUUGGGUCACCCAUGCGUCAGAGACGUGGUCAGCAAAUACCGCUAUCACCAUGUGUGCCUUCUCCAGCUGCUCGAGCUGUGGCAAGUGCUCUGACACGUCUUUUAGCCAUGGGUUUAUCUUGGGAACCUCCACCUGCAUCUCCAGUGCCAAAAUUUCGGCUUACAUUCUAUAUUUGUUCUGUUGGAUUUACUUCUCCUAUGCUUUUUGAUGAAAGAAAAUAUCCAUAUCACCUGAUGCUUCAAAAAUUUCUUAGUUGUGGUGGAUUGGAUGCAUUUUUCAAGUAAGCUGUAA